CCCGACCAUGGCCAGCGCAGCUAGCCCCGCCCUCUGAACUGUCCAUCCUGACGUUCUUGUAGUGUAUCUAACCUGCACAUGCUGUCUCUACUGCUUUGCUUGCGGCCCGGGCUGCUGCUCUUGCUUGUUUUUUUCCUCUUCUCUGGGUUGUCUUCCGCAACGGAAUGGAUCGAAUACCCUGCGGAUGGAACAGCGACACUCACCCACUAUACCCUUCCUGAUGGCUAUAUCGCAUCAUGCGGCUGCACCGGCGCGAGUACCCAAUACCCCACCGCCGCCAUGAGCCAGUUCGCGUACGGGAGCAGUACCGCUUACGGCCCCGGAUGCGGGCGCUGCUUCAAGAUCACCCUGCUCAAUACCUACACAUCUACACCGCCGUUCAUACCAAAUGUCACGAAGAGCGUGGUCAUCAAGGUCACAGACUUAUGUCCAGACGGCGGGGACUGGUGCUCAGCCACUCCAGGGAAGCCAAACAAGGGCGGCCAGUACAUCAAUUUUGACCUUGCAUGGCCCUCCUCCUCAAUACCGGACGACUUCUUUCCAUCGGACGCGGCGCUAUAUGGUUAUACUGACUUCGGCGUCUGGAACGUCAGCUAUUCGAGUGUCGACUGCCUCACAAAUUGGGCCGGCGCAAAGAGUGCUGCAGCGCUCGGCAGUGUCGACGACGGCUCCAGCGUCUGCUGCCCCGCAAACCCCACCGGUAGCAGCAACGACACCUGUCCGUCCUUCUCAGAUGACAACGGCAUUCCGCCAGACACCACAAGCACUGGUUCUGCCGCAGCCGGCUUGUCAAUACCCAGCGGCGACCGCAUGCUCCUCUUGUUGUACUCCCUCCUUGUAUCCUUGCUGCUAUCUUCGGGCUUCCUAUUGGGCUAAUGGUUA